UUUGAACGUGCUGGUUCGUCGACUAUGGCCGUUUCUCACGCCAUUACGAAGCUCAAUGAAAGCUAUGACCCAGCAUUGAGUGUAGCAGACGAAUAUGGGGACUGCUGUGCUGCAGAGGUUUCGAUCAUGGAAACCCGCACGUUACUGUUUGCGGUAUAUAUUUCACCAGGUACCACCCUGAAGCAAAAGAAAUAUUUCUUAGUGCGCAACCUCAUAAAGUACACCCAUGUUGCCAUGCCCGUGGUAGUGUCGGGAGACUUUAAUAUUGAUGUGACGAAAGAGGAGAACAGAGAUUUCAUCUGGUUCAUGAAGCAGUUUCUCUAUCUGGAUUGUGCUUCGGAUCCAACUAUAGCGACUACUCUGGGUGGCACAUGUCUCGAUCUAACGUUCACCCGGAACGUAAGUGUGGAAUGCAGGAGAUACUGCACGUACUUCUCCUACCACCGGCCUAUUUUGUCGAUUCUUGCGGUGUCCCGAGAACCGAUGCCAUCCCAGUGAAGUGAAUUAACGUCACUGAUCGUCGUUGGUCCGCUAGUUCAUCUGCCAAAACGUUCGAUUUCAACCAGAAUGACCAAUCAUUGACAUCAGCCGGACAGUCCGUAGCAAAAAUAGAUAAUUGAUCCUGAAAAUGAAACUUGAGUAUUUGAUUCAGCCCAACAGUGGAUUGAUGCAUCCUUUAACAUUCAUCGGGACCACGGCGUACAUCACUUCAAAAGGCUUCAAGCCAACAUAAACAAACGGCCCUUUUCAGGGCCACCAAAUAU